UUCCGGAAGCCGGCAGCCGCCCUAGGAUUCAGGUCAGCGCUUGCUACAGCAGAGUCUGUCGCACUGUCCUGCGGUUCCCGGUGUUUGGUCCUUGCCUGUAACGGUGGGAGAAGAAGAUGGCCCUGCUAUGCUAUAAUCGGGGCUGCGGCCAGCGCUUCGACCCCGAGAACAAUUCGGAUGAUGCUUGCACAUACCACCCAGGUGUUCCAGUCUUUCAUGAUGCAUUAAAGGGUUGGUCUUGCUGUAAGAGAAGAACUACUGAUUUUUCUGAUUUCUUAAGCAUUGUGGGCUGUACAAAAGGUAGACAUAAUAGUGAGAAGCCACCUGAGCCGGUCAAGCCUGAAGUCAAGACUACUGAAAAGAAAGAACUAUCUGAAUUGAAACCCAAAUUUCAGGAGCACAUAAUUCAAGCCCCUAAGCCAGUAGAAGCGAUAAAAAGGCCAAGCCCAGAUGAACCCAUGACAAAUUUGGAAUUAAAAAUAUCUGCCUCCCUAAAACAAGCACUUGAUAAACUUAAACUAUCAUCUGGGAAUGAAGAAGAUAAGAAAGAAGAUGACAGUGAUGAAAUUAAGAUUGGGACCUCAUGUAAAAAUGGAGGGUGUUCAAAGACAUAUCAGGGUCUACAGAGUCUAGAAGAAGUUUGUGUAUAUCAUUCUGGAGUACCUAUUUUCCAUGAGGGGAUGAAAUAUUGGAGCUGUUGUAGAAGGAAAACCUCUGACUUUAAUACGUUCUUAGCCCAAGAAGGCUGUACAACAGGGAAACACGUGUGGACUAAAAAGGAUGCUGGGAAAAAAGUUGUUCCAUGUAGACAUGACUGGCAUCAGACUGGAGGUGAAGUCACCAUUUCAGUAUAUGCUAAAAAUUCACUUCCAGAACUUAGUCGAGUAGAAGCUAAUAGUACAUUGUUAAAUGUACACAUUGUAUUUGAAGGAGAGAAGGAAUUUCAUCAAAAUGUCAAAUUAUGGGGUGUGAUUGAUGUAAAACGAAGCUAUGUGACUAUGACUGCAACAAAGAUUGAGAUCACCAUGAGAAAAGCUGAGCCUAUGCAGUGGGCAAGCCUUGAACUACCUACAACCAAAAAGCAGGAAAAACAAAAAGAAGAUAUUACAGAUUGAGGUCGGGGGAGGGCUGUUGCCUAUUUCAGAAUUCUGAAUGUGUGGUAAAGUGGUGGCUUGCUGCUGUAACUUUUUGUUGUUGAAUCAGGCAUUUCAGGGUCAUAUUAGAUAUUUGUUUUUAAAAGCCAAAGUCAAUUUAUCUUUUUGUGUUGCCAUAUUUUGCGUUCCAUAAGAUUGAUUAUUCGUAUCUUCUCAUUGGUAGAACCAUAGUUAUGUCCCUUACUUGAAGAAGCUGGAAAAUAGCUCGAGUGUAAUUGCAGUAUUUCUUAGUGUAUUAUUAUUUUGUUAAACAAAGAAAUAAUAAGGGACAUUUGUUUUUUAUACUUCUGUUAUCCCAUAAUUAUUAAAGCAAGAUGAAAAUGUCAAUUUUUUAAUCAGUUUUGUUUUGUUUGUUUUUUUCCCCUCUUUGUGGACCUUUUGUUCCUAUAAUACUUGAAAAUCUUCAAGGAAGAAAUGAAGUUCUGCAUUAUUUUUGUUCGUUUUUAUUUUCCAUGUGGGACAGUCACUUUUUCCAAGAGGACUAUCCUAGGUAAAGUGGGGGCAAAAUAUAUGCACUGACCAACAAAUUACAAUUUAUUCACGGUUAAUUUAAUUUUAAAAUUACAUCAUUACCUAUAUUACUUGCCAAACAAGUAUGACUUAAGAGUAAAGGAAACAAGACUGGAGAGAGAUCAAUUUGGUUAAAAUUCACUAUUUUUAUAAGACUUAAGCAAUAAUGUUAAAAAUCUUUCUCCUGAUUAAGGGUCUUUAUAUGAUGUUAUGACUAAAUGGUACCUGAUUUUCAGUCUAAACCCUCUUAAAACCUUCAGUUACCUAUUUAAAAAAAAAAAAAAUCUAUAUCUGGCCUUAUUGAUAGAAAAAUACCUAAAAUUGUAUCUUAAAAGUUUGUGGAAAUACAAUAGAAAAUGAGAAAACUAAAUACAUAAACUUUGCUUUAUGCCUACUAUUACAUGUUAAAUAAAAUAGCUUAAUUCUACCAGAGUCAUUUUUUUUUAAGGCUUUCAAAUAGAGCUUGACAAUUAUAGUAAUACAAUGUUGAUCAUAUAUUGUAUUUUAUUGGUAUUAAAUAUAUGUAAUACAUCCUUUGAUUUAUUUAUGCUUCUCAGACCAUUAGUGAAUAGAUCGCUUUUUGAGGUAAUACAGAGUUCAAGAAGGAAAUUUUAAGAAAUGUUAUGCCAUUCAAACUGGCAUAACUUAAUAAAUUUGGUUAUUAUUAGGUUUAUACAGAUAAAUGAAAGUCAAAAAGUUUUCCAAACCCCUUGAGUAUAUUCUAGGUUAAUAGAACUCUUGCAAAGAAAAGUGUGCAGAAGUACUAUUUUAGUUCUUAAGAGGUUUGUAUAUAUCAUUCUGUUACUCUUAGCAAAUAACUAGUAGAUAUAUUAGUUAUAAUAAUUAUUUAAAGAUCUAGCUCUGUCACAGUUUUACAAAGUUUGGCACCCAGGCUUUGUUGACAUUAAAACAAAUGGCAAGAAAUUUGGGUCAAUAAAAGUGUGAUCCAGAUAGAGAAUGUAACUAUUAGUUUUGAGAGAAGUAUUUAAAGUUUUGACAACUUGUCUUUUUGGAAUUAGUAACCUGUGUUCUUUGUAGACAUGGAACCUUGUUUGGAGAAAGAAAUUGAUUCAUAAAUUUGAUUUAAAGUAAUUAUCAUUAUACCUUUUGUAAUGUUUUCUUCUUGAGGCUGUUUUCUCCUGCAAAAUGUCUUCAUUUUUUAGGAUUUAAAUAUUAUUUAAAGCAGGUGAGAUAUUCAAACCUCAGACUUAGUUACAAAGCACUGAUUUUUUUUUUUUUUUCCUUUUUUGAUACAACUAUGUAGUCUAGUUACAUUAGUGAAACUCAUAAAAGGACACAGUUAUAGAUAGGUAGAGUAUGUUUUACUCUAUCAAUUUUUCAAAAAAGUUAAUAAAACUUGUUAAUUUACUGAGUCAUCUGUCUAGAAUUAUGCUGUCUUUCUUUGCAUUCAAAGUAAUUAAUAUAACAAAGCAGUCGAAAGCUGGGUAUGUGAAACAUUUGGUAACUGACUUCAACACAGGAAACUUGAAAUGCCAUUUUUAUUGCCUAGCUAGCACAUUUGCUAAUAUAAAGAAAGUAAUAUUGAGCUUACUUUUUUAACCUCUUAUUUUGAGAUAAUUUUAGAUUGAGUUGCAAAAAUAGUAGAAGUUCUUUAAAUAUCUUUCUCUUAUGUUAAAAUCUUACAUAAUCACAGGACUUUUAUACAGCUAAGAAGUUAACCUUGGUACAGUAAUGUUAACUAAAAUAGAACAUUUAAUUUUAACCAGCUAUUUUUAGUAAAACUCUUGAAGAUCUAUCCUAUUCUUGAGUCCUAUUCUAGUUGUAAUAAUUUUAGUUAAUAUAAAUGAUUAAAAAUAUUAACAAACGUUUACAGACUGAUGAUGUAACUUCUUGGUGUACCUGUACAUGGCAAAGGGCUGAUUUUACUUUAUAAUUUCAUUUUCUGCCAGAAAUUUUAAUUCGUAUUAAGGAUAAAUUGUUCAGUUUUCUUUAGACAGUUCUUCAAGCUCCAAGAAUGAAGAGAACCUUAAAGCAUUCUUGCACAUAUUUUAAGGGGCCUUAAAGCUAUUGUUAACCCAUCCCCCACAUUUAAAAAAAACAACAACAUUCAUUUCUAAGCCUGUAAAUGGAUGUCUUGAAUACACAAACAACAUGUAAACUUUGAAAAAUUCAUUUAUGAGAUCUGGUAUCCAUUUUAGGGCUAUUUGAAUGUUAAAAGAUUAUUUUUUUGUUGUUUUAUUGCAAAUUAAAGUCCAGCUUGUUUUAAUGUUGUUUUGAUAGAUUUUUGUUUUUCCUUUUUUUGUUUGUUUGAUAGGUGAGAAGUUGUUUCUCUUCCAAAAAUUUAAAUUCAUCUGGUGUUGCCUGGCUUGCCUUUUCUAAAUUGAUUAUAGAUGCCUAUGGCUUUGUGCAUGUGGCAUUGUCCCUAAAAUACAAGGCUUGAAAAUUUUUUUUUUUUUUUCCUGCAGAGCAUUGCUUAAUUUUAAGUUUUCAUGGUGUUUGUUGAUGUAGUUUCUCUAAGAAAGUUUUCUAAAGAUCGUGUUUUCACUAAAUGCUUAAUUAAUGACUUUUUUUAAUUCUCCAGUUUAGUAGGACCCCUUUAAUGUACAAUAAAAUGAAAUAAAACAACA